AAUCUUCUUAUUUCAGAAUCAAAAAUACAGCUUAAUGAUCGUCUUACCUAAUGAUCUAGAAGGUCUACACUCGGUCAUUACCAAACUGGAACCCAGUGAUUUGAAAAUGGCCAAACAUCAAAUGAAAGAACAAGAUCUACACAUUGUUUUACCCAAAUUCCAAAUAGAAGAAACAUCUCGUUCCGAAUCUAUGCUAAAAAGUCUGGGUUUAACAAAACUCUUCUCACGCAAUGAUGCCGACUUAAGUCUACUCUCUGAUGAUCGUGAUUUACACGUGGAUGAAAUUGUACAAUUCGUUAACGUUAGAAUCGAUGAGGGAGGUAGUUCAAAUAUUGCUCUCUCUGCCUCUAAUACUCAGGCUAGAGAUAAUGAAUCAUUGGAGAAAAUUGAAAUUAACCAUCCAUUCGCCUAUUUCGUAAUGGACUGUGAGAAGGAUUUCGUUUUGGUAUCGGGUAAAGUACAUGCUCCCGAAGUGCAAGAUGAAUUGCCCUUGAGCAUUGAAGUGGAAUUUGAAAAAGCGUAGAUAUUUAAGUUAAAUUUAAUAAUAAACAAUAAAAUUCUCAAGACUUGUAACAAUCAUAUUUUAGGCAUUUCAUGGUCAACAAAUUAACACAAUGUAGGUUUACUAUUUUCUAUGUAUUCUAAAUAAAUAAGUGUAACGAAA